AUGGACCAAGACUCAGCAAAGCAGACCAAGACUAGAGGAUCUCCAGCACUCAGCGGAGGUCAUGAAAGCUGCAAUACACCUGUACAGGAAGUUACAGUCGGUAAGAGGAAGUCCAGAACCGACGAUGAAGGAGCAAACAGAGAGAAGAAGAGGAGGCUGGACAUCAAGGACACCGAACUGGAGGUCUGUCAGGAAGUGACAGUCGCUGAAUUUGAGGCCAAAUACCAGCAACAGUACAUGCUGGGAGCCGGAGGAUGUGGAAGUGUGUUUGCUGGCUUUCGUAGAAAAGAUUAUCACCCUGUCGCCAUCAAACACAUACCGAAGGACCAAGUCUACUGCAAACACCAGGACGACACUGGGAGGGAGAUCUCCAUCGAGGUGGCCGUCAUGAUGAGGCUGCAGGAGGAAAAGAGCGGUUCAGUCGGGGCGUCAGCACCAAUAUCCCUACUGGACUGGUACGAUCUGGGCCAGGAGCUGAUCCUGGUGCUAGAGAGACCGGUCCCUGCUGUAGACCUAUAUGAAUACAUCCUGGCCAACAAAGGUCCCUUACCAGAGGAGGAGGCCAAGAUCAUCCUGAGACAGCUGGUGAAGGCAGCAGUCCACCUCCAGGAUAACGAGAUCUUUCACCGGGACAUUAAGGUGGAAAACAUCUUGAUCGAGACCGGCUCGGACGUCCCGCGCGUUCGCCUUAUAGACUUUGGCCUGAGCUGCUUCACCAAGCAAGAGACCUUGAAGGGCGUCUUCUAUGGCACCCGUUGGCACGCACCUCCAGAGUGGAGGAGAAGUCGCCAAUACAGCGCCGGACCCACCACGGUGUGGCAGAUGGGAGUGGUGCUGUUCCAAACGCUCCACCCAGGAGAACCUUUUAAGACCAGCUCGUUCCUGAAGAACCUGCUGCCGAUCAGCGAGACGCUGUCUGAAAAAUGCCAGGACUUCAUGCGAGUGUGCUUGACGCAAGACCCCAAAGAACGUCCAUCCCUGAAGCAGAUCCGGCUUCACCCAUGGCUAAACUAA